UCAUCAGAAGAUGCUCGUUACCCCAAGGCCACAACCAAACACUUCGAUUUCCAUCCCUAGUCUGCAGCCGCCGGCCCAAAAAACCACCUUGACUAGGCCCAUGGAAAUAUCACCUAAAGGUCAACCAAAGACCACGUCCAACCGAAGACUGUGUCAAUCUUGUAGAACUUUAGAAAAUCUUCCGAAACCAUCGGUCAAUGGCCAUCCUUUCCAAAAUCAACGGCCGCAGAUUAAUUCUUCAAUGAACAUGGAAAAUCCUCAGCAGUUCAAAAAUCGUCCAAUCAUCCAAAAGAGAAAAGCGGACUCUUUCAUAUCCCAAGAAAAUCUAGCAACACGUCAGAAAAUGGAAUCUGUCCUGAAGACACCGGGAAAUCGAUCGAUCAGGCAGACCCCAAAACCAUUGACAAUUCAAAGCUAUAAAACCAAUAACUCAGAUGUGAAGACUCAAAUAAUUCCACGGUCAAGAACCCAGCAGCCGAUGAAAUCGCAUACCAAUUCUACCAAUAGUCGAUUCUCUAACAGUCUCUUGAAGCCUUCAGUUUCCCUGAAUAAUAAUAAGUAUUUGGGGUCUUGUAUCAAGGUAAAAAGCGGCCAAUUACUGGAAACACCAACAGUAGCAAAACCAGAAGGGUCUUUCCUCCAACAAAAGGGCAUACAUACAAUGCCUCCAGACCAUGAUUAUUCAAAAUUAGUGUUGAAACUACAUCCAAGUUUUUUUAAGAACAAGGAACCUGAAGCGGCAUCAACACAAUCACAAAUAAGGAGUUCAAAAAUGUUGCCUCCUCAGGAAAAUCCACCGAAAUAUACGGUUCAUAACCCACCACAGCUAGAGCAAAAACAAAACUGGAGUUCGUAUACUACUGCUAACAACACUUCACACUUCAAAAACUUUAAAUUAAACGAAAAAAUGGAGUCGCUUGUAUCCUCGUUGAUUAACAAUACCUUGGAAUCAACAGCAGCUUUUACAUUGGACGAGGCCACUAAUUCCAAGCUGUUGGUGUCUUCAGUUAAGGAUUCCCCAAGCUCAAUCAUUGAAGAUAUGGAGAUGUUUCCUCCAACAGAUUUAUUGCUUUUGGAAUCUGCUCAACCAACUAAAGACGAUUCCCCACAAGUAAAAUUAGCAAAGCGUGCUCUACUUGCCCAAUUUAAUCAGUCAAUCUAGAGCGAGUCAUCAAAAAAGUCAGCAUGCUCAAUUUAAAAAAACAACUUAAAAGCAGAGAUGGUUUACGAAUAAAAAAUGAUAUUUUGGCAUGGCAGUACAACUUGGACUUUCUGAUAAGACAACUGGCAUUGGAUAUUAGAACCCCAGGGAAAUAAAUCUAAUUCUAAUCUAAUUCUACGCAAGCGAGUUUUAUCAAAUUUAACAUUUGUGAGGAGAAUGACAAGCUCGUUUUUUAUUUUUUAAAAAUAUAUUUUAUUUUUUAAAACGCACUGUAUUGGUUUGAAUAUAUUUUGUUUUAUCUUUCAAGCAUUAAGACAUUAACACAUUAUUUAUUUGUAUUACAUUUUU